AUGACUAUGUCCAAGCUGCUACCUCCCAGCCCGCCCACGGUGCAGGGCACCCCGCUGUUCAUCGCACCCAAUGGACCCAAGCCCAUCCGUCGCGUCAUGGUCGCCAAUCGCGGUGAGAUUGCGCUGCGAAUCGUGCGCACCUGCCAGCAGAUGAACGUCGAGACGGUUGUGGUAUACACUGAGGUCGACGCCUCGGCCGAGUUUGUAGCCCACGCUACAACUGCGAUCAAUGUGGGACCCAUGACCACCGACGAUAACCCAUACCUCAACAUCAAGAAGCUGAUCGAAGUGGCACUGUCACACCAAUGUGAUGCCAUUCACCCCGGUUAUGGCUACCUCUCCGAGAACGCCGACUUUGCUGACGCUGUGGCCGCCACAGGACGGAUCACUUUUCUGGGCCCGCGCGGAGAUGUGAUGCGCUCGAUUGGUGAAAAGAGCCGUUCGAAGCAGCUGCUCCAGGAAAAGCUGGGCGAUGAUGCGCAUCUUGUUCCUGGCUACCACGGUACCGCCGAGAUUAAUCUCGAGAUGGCAGGCAAGAUCGGAUAUCCGCUCAUGAUCAAAGCAUCGUCUGGUGGCGGCGGGAGAGGCAUGCGUAUCGUGCGCGAGCCAAAUCAGCUGGCUUCUGAGAUCGCAAGAGCACGCUCCGAAGCCCAGCGUAACUUUGGCUCGUCCGAACUGCUGUUCGAACGCUACAUCGAGGGCGGCAAACACAUCGAGGUGCAGAUCUUUGGUGACAAUCACGGCAAUGUCUACGCGCUCGGCGAGCGUGACUGUUCCGUCCAGCGUCGUCACCAGAAGAUCAUCGAAGAGUCGCCUGCGGUCGACUGCGAGGCAGAUCCGGAGCUUCGCAAGCGCAUCCAUAAGUCGGCCGUCACCAUCGGAUCGCUGCUGUCUUAUCAAGGCGCAGGCACGGUCGAGUACAUUUUCGACCCCAAGACAAAAGAAUUCUUUUUCCUUGAGGUCAACACGCGCUUGCAGGUCGAACAUCCCGUGACGGAGAUGUGUAGCGGACUGGAUCUAGUCAGCCUCGGUGUAUACGUCGGUGCUGAUGGCGAUCUUUCCAAGUUGGCGCCCGUGGCCAAGCUAGUGCCUUUUGGACACUCAAUCGAGUGUCGUGUUUGCGCAGAGGAGCCUGGUGCUGACUUUACGCCACGCACGGGCGUGGUAAGGAUGCUCGAGGUGCUUUGCCUUGGCCAGUCCGGAGUGCGCUUCGACACGAGCAUUCGCGUCGGCACGUCAGUCUCGAUCUUCUUUGAUGCAAUGCUGGGCAAGCUAAUUGUGCACGCGGCUACACGACGCGAGGCGAUAGAGAAGAUGCUGCAGGUGUUGCAGACGACAGUACUGAUCGGACUGCCAACCAACACGACUUUUAUGAGCUCCUGUCUGCGUCAUCCGAGCUUUGUCGACGGUACUUACACCACUUCGCUCAUUCCCAACAACCUCGAUUGGCUGCUGGGUCUUCCCGAACAGCUUGCUCCCUCGGCGCUUUCGACGGGGCCAAAAGAGACAUCCCUGCCUUUAGCAGCAAUUGUUCCGGCGUUCCAGCUAUUCAAGGAGCUGCGUAGCAAACUGUAUCCAUCGCGCAGCGGUCUGCCAUCGAGCUUUGGGCUGGUCAACGGGUGCGAUCGAAGCGUGUCCAAGACGGAGAACUUUGUUGUCUCUCUGCCCGAUGGCGGCAAGCAGUGGGACGUGAUGGUGGAGUACGACGGCGCGAAUGGCGAGUACGAGCUAAAGAUCUGGCAUAACCAGUCCACUGACGCAGUACAGGCGGCCGAGAAGCGCAUCAAGGAAAAGUACAGCGCUAAGGCGCAGCCGAAGGCGCUGGCGGCGCAGCUUAAGGCGAGUCGCGCAUCGACCAAGUUCUACAGCUCGCUACCCACGCGCAACGGGCUGGAAGGACGCACCAACGGUGAGUGGCAGUUGGGCGUUCAGCCGGGUGAGAUGCAUCACGUGCGCUCCACGCUGCUGACUUCGUCGCAAGUGCAGCUAUCGUCUCUGCCCGCCACAACGAAAUCUCAUCUGGCCACGGGACGGGCGCGCUGGGCAACUGCGACGCUCUCGCUCGAGAUUGAUGGCAUCACCUCAACCCAUGUUCUGGCGACGGACCACUCCUUCCAGGACCACGAGACCAGCGCACAAACCGCCUGGGUCUGGUCGUCCAGGCUCUGUGGACCGAUCAAAGUAGUACGACACGGCAUGCGCACCUACGCUCUUGCCAACCAGUCGUCGGAUGACUCGACCGCAAGCAAGUCAGCCUACGUAACCCCGAUGCCAGCCAAAAUCCUCAAAAUCCUGGUCGAAGAUAAGGCCGACGUUGAAGCUGGACAAGCUUUGCUGAUCUGUGAGUCGAUGAAAAUCGAAACGACGAUUCGAGCUCAGGUUGCAGGGAAGCUGCACCUGCACGUCCAGAAUGGCGACACGGUACCCGAGGGCAAGCUUCUCUGCCAGGUAGGAUUGGAACAACAGCAACAGUAA